CAGUAAUCCUGGACGCACAUACGCGGUGGUUGUUGUAGCAACCGUCUUUAGCGUUAUAAUCACAGCAUCGUGAAGGCGGUUAUCUGUGUUUAGAGACAGAGAAACUGAACUGUUCUAAAAAAGCGGGAUGUAAAACAAAUCUUUGGUUUAUCCCCGUUUGUCCUGCUAGCAGUUAGCUUCCACAAAUGUUGUUUUUAUGCUAAUUUAGGCUAAAGUUAGCCGAAUUGUCAGACUGAAGCUAGCGGCUAAAUUAGCAUCACACGCUAACUGGACGCUGCGAGGCGCGUUUAAAAAUCACAGUAAACUAGCUGGAUAGCGGUACUUUUGCUGGCGCAGUUCUGGUUAAACCGGUUGUGUCGGUGUGAGCGGAGGUUCGGAGCAGCAUGUCCGCUGUCAGCAGCCUCGUCCCGGCUCGGUUCCUCACCAUCACCGCUCACCUGGUCAUCGUCAUCACCAUCUUCUGGUCCAGGGAAAAUAACGUGAAGGCUUGUUUGCCUUUAGAUUACACACAGGAGCAGUACGACGACGAAGACAAGAAGUUGGUGGUGGCGCUGGCCGUCACUCUCGGUCUGUUUGCUGUAGAACUGGCUGGUUUCUUCUCCGGGGUGUCCAUGUUCAACUGCAGCCAAGGCCUCCUGUCUCUGGCUGUCCACUGCAGCGCCUCCGUGUCCUUGUCUUUCUUUGUGUUUGAGAAGUGGGAGUGCUGGACGUAUUGGGUUGUAUUUGCCACCUGCAGUGUGCUGCCGGCUUUUGUGGAGAUUCUUCUGUUUAUAGCAGUUUUCGGAGUGAAGAAGAAGCCAUAUUGAACUACAGUCCUGGUGUGAAGUCUGACAAAUAUGUGUGGAUGGGAACAUAUGUAGCCACAAUAUCAGAUGUUUUUUUUUGUUUUUUUAUUGCUGUACAAAAAAAAAGAUCUGAGAAACACUGGUUAACACACAUAUGUGGAUACGCUGCAGUAACACGGCAAUGUAAAAAUGCCAUUUUUUAAAUAUUUUUGUAUAUUUUGAAUAAAAUAGAUGCAGUAAAGCA